AAACUUGAUUAAUAAUAUUAAUAAUAAUAAUAAUAGGUCAGAGUGGAAACUUAUAUUCGAGGAGCGUGAGUCGUUCGAUCAACAUGGAUCAAGAGAAGAAAAACAACGUGGAGAAUUUAAAAGGCGGCGUCUCGACGACGCCUGCAUCGCCUACGUUAUCGACGCCGCCAACAUUAAACUUGAUGGAACAGAUUCUUCUGGCGAAAAUUGAAAAGCAAAAUUUUCAUGAAAGUGACGAUCUUCAUGAAUCGGAUGGCCGAGUUGGGGGAAAGAGAAAGAACAUUUUGUUGAGAAGAACGGAUUCGAUGGACAGUCAAAAUAGUGCGAGUACUUAUAAUUCGUUUUUAUCCAGUGAUUCGACAUCUAGUGGAAAUGUUUAUUGCAAAUGCGACGACUGUUUGCUGGGAAUCGUUGAUGACUAUCAACGUAAUCCAUCUGUGGUUGGUAAAAAAAAGAUUUCAUCCAAGAUAUCUUUCAUGGGUCAAGCCGUGAUUCUAAAAAGAUAAAGCACAUAUUGUUAUUGGAUAUUUGUCUUGAAAAAAAAAAAAAAAGAGAGAGAACGAAGCGUUUCAAAAGAAACAUCGGAGGACAUCGAAGACAAGAAGGUGGAGGCGCACAUAACUUUCAUAUUAAAGCGUGUAUGAAUAUCGUAAAAUUUCCAUAAAUGUCACGCGAGCACGGAGACCCAAUUUCUACGCGAUCGUUGUGCAACCGUACGAGAGACACGCGAAAAUACACGAAUUUAUCGUUCAAUGUGUAUCUUUAAACGCGUGAAAUUGAAUGAAAUAUUCUUCAAAAUUAUUUGCGCUUGAUUAUAAUACAAGUAACAUACGUGGACGUACAGAGAACGAAGAAGAAACGAAGAGGAAUUGAGAGGAAGAAGAAGAAUGCAUUGUGUGCAUCCGUGAAAAAUCCAAUGA